AUGGGACGGACGGCCAAGAUCUAUCCCACGACAACUACAAGAAACGUAAAUGUUCCGGAUGGAGCUGCUAAGGAGGAUAGAGACGUGGAUGAGCUCCAAAAAGACCUAAUCCUGUCAGGGAGAGACACCCAGCUGCUCAUGAAAGACAAGAAUUGUCCUAACCAAUCAGACAGAGACAUUGAGAAAAGGAGUUACAACCAAAAGAGUGAAGACUGUCCAGACGGCUCUAUCGAGAAUCAGCGCCCAACCGCGCAGUCCGGCUGGCCGAGGAACGAUUGUUCCGCGCUCGGCCAAAUCAUAUCCGUCCGUCUGAAGUCUCGGCCAAAGUUCCAAACCGUCCGGCCGAUCACGCAUCACGACCCGGGAAACAUUGUCCCGCGGUCGGCCACAAACGCUCACGCCAAGCCGCGCACGACCAAGCGCGCGAGCCGGGAAACAAGCCUCGCGGCCGCGCAACCGUUCGCGUACCACGGCCGAUGCAUCCGUCCGACCGGGAAAGACGUCCCACGUCCGGCCGAGAAUUCAUCGGCCAAACUCAUCCGCUCCGACCACGCCGGCCGACCGUGA